GAUGGCAUAGUCCUCGGAGCAGAUACGAGAGCAACUGAAGGAAUGGUUGUUGCUGACAAGAACUGUUCAAAAAUACACUUCAUUUCUCCUAAUAUCUAUUGUUGCGGUGCUGGGACAGCUGCAGAUACUGAUAUGACAACUCAGCUGAUUUCUUCCAAUCUGGAGCUCCAUUCACUAUCUACUGGACGACUUCCAAGAGUUGUCACAGCUAAUCGAAUGCUAAAGCAAAUGCUUUUCAGGUAUCAAGGCUACAUUGGUGCUGCCCUGGUUUUAGGGGGAGUAGAUGUCACGGGACCUCACCUUUACAGCAUAUAUCCUCAUGGAUCAACUGACAAACUGCCUUAUGUUACCAUGGGUUCUGGAUCAUUAGCAGCUAUGGCAGUGUUCGAAGAUAAAUACAAACCGGACAUGGAGGAAGAGGAAGCCAAACAGCUUGUGAGAGAUGCCAUUGCAGCUGGCAUAUACAACGAUCUGGGCUCCGGCAGUAACAUAGAUAUCUGUGUUAUAAGCAAGAACAAGUUGGAUUUUCUCCGUCCAUAUGAUGUGGCCAACAGAAAGGGGGACAGGUACGGUAGAUACAAGUGUGAAAAAGGAACUACUGCUGUUCUCACAGAAAAUGUAGCACUCCUGGAAAUUGAGGUGGUGGAUGAAACUGUGCAAACCAUGGACACUUCCUGAACCAUCAUGUGCAGCCCUCUGUCUCACUGGAGACCAGCACUAGUUAUGUUUAGAAGCGUUCCAGCAUCAAGAGAAACAUG